ACGUAGAGCGGAUAGGUGGAGGGUUGUCACGUGACCACCAAGAGGUCAGCAUGUUCCGCCUGGAUCUCAGGGAAGGACAAUGAACAGGAAGGUGGUGCUGCAGCUGGAGCGGCUGAUUCAGUUCCAUAGCACCUGCCGCCGCUUGCAUGCCGUGUGCCUCGGGAACGCAGCCAGGGCGCGAUGGAGACCCGUCCCGUGUACGUCACUGCCUGCCAUGCCUGCCCGGCUGUGCCCAGACCUCUGCCGAGCUGCGUCUACCAAAGAGGGAAAACAUGCAAAAAAGCAUAAACUUUCCCCAAUCAAACCUAAACAAGAAAAACAAGAGGUAGAAAUAUGGCAGAGCAUGACGGUCGGUGAUCUCGCAAAAGCCAUGAAUAAAGAUGCUGAUCAUGUCUACGAAGCCCUUUUACAUACGGAUCUUGAUUUGGACUCUCUGGACGAGUCCUCUGUCCUCAGCGAAGAGUGGGUGAAGGAGGCGAUAAAAAAAUCUGGCAUGAAAUUUAAAUGGGCAAAAGUGAAGCAGGAAAAGGUGAAAGAGAAUAAAGAUGCUGUAAAGAGGGGCCGCGCUGAUCCCGCUCUAUUAGUUCCCAGGCCUCCUGUGGUCACUAUAAUGGGACACGUGGACCACGGAAAAACAACCCUGCUUGACCAGCUAAGGAAAUCUCAAGUGGCCGCCAUGGAGGCCGGAGGCAUCACCCAGCACAUCGGAGCAUUUAACGUUCGCUUACCUUCGGGAGAGAAGAUCACGUUUCUUGACACCCCCGGCCAUGCUGCAUUUUCUGCAAUUAGAGCGAGAGGGGCGCAGGUCACGGACAUCGUUAUACUGGUGGUCGCGGCAGAGGACGGAGUAAUGAAACAAACGGUGGAGUCCAUUCAACAUGCCAAAAAUGCCAAAGUCCCCAUCAUCCUUGCCGUAAAUAAGUGCGACAAACCUGAAGCUGAUCCCGACCGAGUAAAGAAGGAGCUCCUGUCCCAUGACAUCAUAUGCGAGGAGUUUGGUGGAGAUAUUCAGGCUGUACAUAUAUCUGCACUGAAGGGAGACAACCUGCAAGCCUUAGCAGAAGCCACCGUGACCUUAGCUGAAGUCCUGGAGCUGAAGGCUGACCCGACCGGUCUCGUGGAAGGAACCGUUAUAGAAUGUCGUACAGACAAAGGAAAAGGCCCCGUGACCACAGCCAUCGUACAGAGAGGAACGUUAAAAAACGGCGCUGUGUUGGUAGCGGGUAAAUCGUGGGCAAAAGUGCGGCUGAUGUUUGAUGAAAAUGGCACUAGUUUGAGCCAUGCGGGCCCCAGUAUGCCGGUCGAGAUUGUGGGCUGGAAGGAUCUGCCAUCUGCUGGGGAUGAAAUAUUAGAAGUCGAAUCAGAGCAACGAGCUCGGGAGGUUGUUGAAUGGCGGAAGUAUGUAGAGGAGCAGGAGAAAAUCGAGGAGGACUUGGAGGUUAUUGAAGCCAGACAGAAAGAGCACCGAGAAACUUAUAAGAAAAACCUGGAGUCAUUCAGCAACAUGACUUGGAGACAGAGGAAGUCCGCCAUGUAUCGGGCUAACAAGCACCUUAUGGCCACCAGACCUGGAGAGAAGACCGAGAGGGAAGAUCUGACAUUCCCUAUAAUAAUCAAAGGUGAUGUUGAUGGCUCGGUGGAAGCUGUGCUCAGUAUUAUUGACUCUUACGAUGCUGAUCAUCAGUGUAAACUCGACUUGGUUCACUUCGGAGUCGGCGACAUCAAUGAGAACGACAUUACACUUGCUGAAACCUUCAAAGGAUACAUAUACGGUUUUAAUGUAAGCGCAAAUAAAGCCGUUCAGCAACUUGCGGCCAAGAAGGAGAUCCCAGUCAAACUUCAUCGGGUCAUUUACCAUCUGGUUGAAGAUUUGAAACAAGAACUCAGUAGCAAAUUAGCCCCGUUAAUGGAAGAAAUUGUAAAAGGUGAGGCGUCUGUACUGGCCACCUUUGACGUCACAGCAGGAAAGAAAAAGGUCCAGGUGGCAGGUUGCAGAGUCCAGAAAGGAGCGUUGGACAGGAAACUGAAAUUUAAAUUAAUCCGCAACAAAAAUGUUAUUUGGGAAGGUAACUUAACUUCACUUAAACACCACAAGGAAGAUGUUCAGUCCGUGAAAACCGGAGUAGAGUGUGGUCUAAGUCUAGAUAAAGAUAUAGAAGUGAAUGUCGGUGAUGAAAUUGUCUGUUUUGAGGAAAAAGAACUUCAUCAGAAAAUAUCGUGGGAUCCUGGAUUUUGAAUGGACAUUUUUAACUCUUGAAUCCCAGUGUGCUUCCGAUUAAAUGACCCUUUUCAUGGUGUAGGUGGAUGUUUGUGUCAUAUUUGGGAUCAGCCUAUAGAUCAAACAGAUCCAGCGGUAAUGGAGUCAACCUUGUUGAAAAAUGAAGAGUACUUUGUUUCCAAUGCAUCAGCUUACAUUUCGCCAUCUAUUUAAAGAGACGCGCAAUUUAUUUUUAUUAUUUUUUAUGAAUAAAUAUGUAGCCUU